AUGCCCAGCAAAAGGCCCAAUCGCUCUGCUAUUCCCGAUACAGAACCUCUUUUGGAAUCUCAAGCAUAUGAAGUUUCUGCAUUUGGCUCUUUAGAUGAAACUGUUGCAGCAACCUAUUUUGCCUCUGUUUCGCCUGCUCUUGAUGCUUCGAGGCUUGUCGUCUUCAACACUGUAACAGGUGCUCAUGUUGCUGAAUACACCACUCCUGCUGGAUCAUUGUGCUUGCAUGUUGCAUUUGGGAAAAUGAAGGAGCAGUUGUGGGUUUCACUUGCUCUAUCGACUGGAAACAUCUUGAUUUUUUCAGUCUCAACCGGAACUCUUUUGACAACACUUACCAAUGGUCAUCGUUCCCCCGUGACUGGAUUUGUAUUUAAUUCUAGCGGAAAAAAAGGAUUCUCUAUCGGCGAAGAUGGUUUGAUUGUUGAGUGGGAUCUUAAAAAGGGUCAACUUUUGAGAACAUGCCAGAGUAAAUCAAAAAACCUAUCCAAGAUUGCGAUUGAUCCCACAGGGUCUUAUCUCGCUGUUGCCGCAAAUCAGAUCGAAAUCAUCAAUAUUUCGUUGAUGAAAAAUUUAAAUACGUUUUCAGGUCAUGCUACUGCUGUUGUUCAACUUUCAUUUGAUAGUAAAUCAAAAACUUUGUUUUCUGCUGCUCGUGACGAUCGUUUUAUCAGUCAAUGGACUAUGGAAUCAAAAACUGAUACUCCUAAAGUUUACACGGUAGACUCACCAGUUCAGUUUUUGGAAUAUUCCGACAAUGGAUAUCUUCUUGCUCAGCUCGAUAGUGGUGUAGUAAAUGUCUGGCUUACUGACAAAAAGCUUGGCGCUACAGGAUCAGCAUCAAUCACAUCGCCUCCGUCAAAAAAGAGACCUCAAGCAACGUGCGAAGCCGAUUCAAUUAUAAGUCUCACCAACCCAACUAGCUCAACUCAUGCUCAGGUUAUGAUCCAUAACGCCGCGUUUCAACUUGAUCGGGUAAUGAUUGUAUAUGGCACGAGCUUGCGGCCUUUGUUUGAAACUAUUACAUUUGUAACGGAUGCCGGAAAGGUGAUUCCAACAAUUUCACUUGCACGUAACCCGGAUCCUCCAUUUGCCAAGAAUGCGGUUAAAAGUACAACCACAAAGAGUGGUGCCUCUGUUAGUGUAUUGGGAGCACUUGACAUGCUUCCUGCCACAAGUAGUGCUAAAUCCAAACAUAUUGCUCCCUUGAAUACCGAGGAUGCCACCACUAUUCUUGAAGAGCGUGUUCGUGCCAUGGACGCUACUCUUGAAGGCAAAUCAGCAAUCACCCCGUCAUCAGCUACUGCUCCUUCAACCCCACACAACCAACGCAAACACGCUACGCCCAUCACCGUCCAUCAAAUGCUUUCCCAAGCUAUCCAAUCUGGUGACGUUCAGCUUUUGGAAAAGGCUCUUGAAAUCCAAGACAAAAAGAUGAUUAUGGCGACAGUAAAACGGUUAUCUCCAGCUCAAGUGAUAGCACUAUUGGAACUGGUGGUUGUGAGGUUGCAGCGACGACCAGCACGUGCAGUAUUGCUUAUUGAAUGGGUUCGAAGUGUAUUGAUCCUUCAUUCAGCCUAUCUCUUGUCUGUACCCAAUGCAUCGAUGCGGUUAGGGACUUUGUAUAGGACACUGGAUACACGCUAUCAGGCUCUUGAACGUUUGAAUAAGCUUCAUGGUCGUCUUGAUCUUGCUGUAUCUCAAAUUGAUUCGCGUCGAGCACAACCUACCGACCAAGAUGCAGAUGCAGUGGUGGUAUAUGAAGACAAUGAAGACGAUGCAAGUGAAAAUGACGAAGAGGAUGAGGAUGAGGAAGAAGAGUUUGAUGAUGACGAGGCUUUAGAGAGUGGCGAAGAGAACGAUGAAUUGGAGUCGGAUGUUGAAAACAAUGAUGAUGACGGCAUUCAAGGGAUGGAACUGGAUGAAGGCGAUAGCGAUGAAGAUUGAUCCAAGUUCACUUGCUCAUUGAUUACAUUUCUUUUAAACACGAUACUGUCCAUCUAAAAAUAAAUGAAAAA